UAACCUUGUGACUAGUUGUGACAAUGUCUUCAAGAUACAGGGUUUUUUGGCGGCGACUUAUGCAAAUUAAAGUUUAUUACAGAGUGCCACCUCGUCCACUUUUCAAAGUUCCACAAAGUAUAUCGAUACCUUGUUCUCUUGGAUUUUCAUUAUUAACACUCAUUGGCCUUGAAAAGAAAUUAACUGCUGAAGAUGAAUUAAUAUUAACAAUAAAACAUUGUGUUCUGUUUAUUCAAAGAGGUGAUUACGAUAAAGCAGAACAACUUCUUCAUGUUGCUUUAAAGCAAGCACAACAAAUACAACAUCAGUUAGGUAUAACAUAUAUUUAUGAUGUAAUGGCUAAUUUAGCACUUGAAAGAGAACAAUAUGAUAAGGCUAAGCAGUUAUUUAUAGCAGUCUCACAGAGGAUUAUGGCUGAUGGAGCAACUGAAGAUGACCUUCGUGUCAUUCAUAUGAGUAUUAAGUUAGCAAGAAUAAGUCACAUGAAGAAAGAUUACACGACAGCUCAGUUAGGGUACGAUUGGUGCUUGGAAAAACUUAAGAGUGAAUUUUCGAAAGAUCCCUCCGAAGAAAAUAAGAUGUUACUAGCAAUGGCUGAAGACUGGUAUGGUCGUUUAUUUUUAGAAUGUAAUAAAUAUGAACUAGGUUACAAUUACAUGCAAAGUGCUUACAAUAGGAUGAUUACUAUCAAAGAUGUUGAUAAAGAACAUUUAGUGAUACAGUUAAAUGAUCUUGGUACUGUAUGUGAUAAAAUAGGCAAAGUUGAUGAGAGUAUUGAUUAUUUCACUAAAGCAAUUGAUCUGGGUAAACAAAUACCAGAUAAGUCAGAUUUAGGUGUAUUCUAUGUUAAUCUAGGUAGAGCAUACAUUAAGAAGAAUAUGUUAGAUAUUGCACGGAAAAAUUGUGGAUAUGGAUGGAAACUGGGAGUGAUGAUGAAAAACAAGAAUGUCAAACAUGAAGCAGAAGCGUGUAUAGAAGAAAUAAAAAACAACUCUUGAACAUGUUAGAUUUUUAUUUUAUUGUUUAUCACAAAUGAAAUGCUAAUAAAAGCAAUAUAUGUGGUACCCUGUAAUCAUACAAACAGUUCUGGCUGUAUUUAACAAGGACAUUUCAGGGGAUUAUUAUGAACAUUAAUGCACAUAAUAAAUGUAUGUACAAUAUAACUAA